AUGCUUGGACUGCAGGAAGGAAGAGUAUAUAACACCAAUGUGUCAAGAGGACUCAGUGACGAGUACCUGAAACUCCCAAGCAAGCUACCUUCCUUGGAUAAUGUUUACACAUACUUCAGUUCAUUCCUGAACGCCUAUUCCUCGACGUCUUUGCAGCAAGGCAAGCUUAAAAGAACGCUUUUGGAGAAUUUAAAAAACAACAACUACCUUCUGGAGUUGAAACUGGAAGAUCUGUUCCAUUUUCAAAAUGUGAUGGACACAACUUCUGAACGAGAGGAGGAAUCAAUUACUAAGCAGCUUAGAGAGGCUAAUAAUGAGGAAGGACAGUCAAAUACCAGAAAUUCGGAAAAAUUACCUCCGUUUUAUGUCCACGAACUCGUCAAGGUUUUAACUCAGAGACCCUUGAUAUAUUUGUCAACCAUUGAGAGGGUCUGUUACGAUGUGUGCAGGAUGAACAUGGACUAUGAAGAUGAAAAGUUCAACUACAUCCAGAUUAAUCUUCUCAACAAUUACGCAAGCCCUACUCCUAUCCGCUCACUGUUGUCUGACAAGCAGGAGACAUUUGUGGUGGUUCCUGGAAUUAUAGUGCAGGCUAACCGGACGCAGCAUAAGAUGAGGGUGUGCACAAUCCAGUGCCGUUACUGUGGACAUAAAAUGGUAAUUGAAGUGCCACUUUGGAUCUCAAGACCACAAAUACCCAAAACCUGCAGAUACUCCGCAACAAUGAAGACCAUGGGAGAGAAUAUUCAUGUCGAUCAACAGCUGGGAUGCCAUUCAGCACAGAAUCCAUAUGUCAUCAUUGUUAAUGAGUGUCAAUUUGUGGAUGUCCAACUAUUAAAGAUGCAAGAACUGGCGGAGGAUGUCCCAACUGGUGAUAUGCCAAGACACUUGCAGUUGAAUGUGACUCGUUAUUUAUGUGACAAGGUGAUUCCUGGUGACCGUAUAUACGCACAUGGUGUAUUAACCUCGUAUAACAAUAGUCCGAACAGCCAAACUGAUAUAAACAGCUCAUAUUUGCACGUUCUAGGAAUUCAAAAGCUGAACGUAAAUGAGACCUACGAAUUUGACAUUGAUGAGGGAAAUGACCUUCUACUCCUAGCUUCACAGCCGGACAUACAUACAAAGAUUUUCAAUUCAAUAGCUCCUAGCAUUUAUGGACUAGACGACGUAAAGAAGGCCUGUGCCUGUGCUUUAUUUGGAGGCACAAGGAAAGAGGUUGGAAAUGGAGCCAGGAUUCGAGGCGAUAUUAACAUCUUAAUCCUGGGAGACCCCUCAAUUGCUAAAUCGCAAAUUCUCAAAUUCGUUGAUUUCAUUGCUCCAAUCUCAAUUUACACUUCAGGAAAGGGGAGUAGUGCUGCAGGUUUAACGGCAGCUGUUGUUAGGGACAGUAUGGGAGUGUUUUCGUUGGAGGGAGGAGCAAUGGUUUUGGCUGAUGGAGGAGUGGUUUGCAUUGAUGAGUUUGACAAGAUGAGACCAGACGACGCGGUGGCGAUUCAUGAGGCGAUGGAACAGCAGACAAUAUCAAUUUCAAAGGCCGGAAUCACAACAAUCCUAAACACAAGGUGUUCAGUAAUUGCAGCGGCAAACCCCAAUCUAGGAUCUUAUAAUAAUUAUCAAGACAACAAUGAACAACAUGACUUUAAAACAACAAUUCUCUCAAGGUUUGAUUUGAUUUUCAUGUUAAAAGAUAACGAGGAUGUGAACCACGAUAGGUUACUGUGUAAACACAUUUUAUCACUACACAACAACCAAAAUAAACAUAACGUGGUUGGUCCAAUAAGUAACAAUAAGUUGAGGAGAUUUAUCCAGUAUAGCAAGCAAGUAGUGUCGCCGAUAUUGUCAAAUGAAGCGAAGGAUAGUUUGAGGAACUUUUAUGUCCAGAAGCGCAAAGAGUACAGAGAAGAUAAGAGGUCGUCAACGAAAAAGAUACCAAUAACGUUGAGGCAGUUGGAAUCGCUGGUGAGAAUAUCAGAAAGCCUCGCAAGGAUGGAACUGUCGCCGAUAGCGUCAGAAAAACACGUUCAAAUGGCGAUUCAGCUAUUCAUAGUGUCAACAGGAGAAGCCAUGAAGAGCACACUGAAUGUCGAUAACAUGUCAUUAGAUGAUCAGCAGAAGAUUAAAAUGAGCGAAGAAUUGAUUUUAAGCUUAGUUAAAAAGGGCCAGAGGACAACGAGGAGGUUCAUAAUUAAGGAACUCCAGAAACAGUACCUUAACAUGGUGUACAUUCAGCAGGCAAUUAACAUACUCAUUAAAAAGGGUGUACUCCAAGAAAGAGGAGACUUAUCCCUGAGAAGGUGUAAUUAA